GCACAGCAACACGCGACUUCUGAUACCGGCAGGACUGCUGGACAGUGUCCCUCUUCUGACUUUUCUUUCAUUGGACCAUACACCAACGAGCUCAAUCGAUGCUGAUUUAUUGUCCAAGGUUCCAGGCCUCACUAUAUUGGGUUUGGCAACAUUACCCAAUCUUAAAACGCUUCCCUACAACCUCUUCACAGCCAACAAGAAACUGUCAAAAAUAUAUCUCGACAAGACAUUCAUCACCCUUGACUUUGCCAGCGCAUGUCCUCUAGGCAUGGCAAAGGAAAGUACCUCAGGAGGGACAUUCAAUGCUGAUACGCCCACCAGGAACUUUUCUCAGGAAUUGGUUGAUCGUUGCAAUGGCAUCUCUACAUUUCAAUGCUACUCCAACAAAGGCAAGACGGACUACUUCUGCCAAUGCCAAGCGGGGUUUGUAUAUGAUGGAAAUACAUGCGUCAGCAUAUUGGUGUGUAAUCCUGAAAACCGCACCAUGGCAUGCAACAAGUACCCAGUGUGUCAGUUGAAUCAACGGUCCAGUGCGUACGAGUGCGGCUGCAGAACGGGACUAAAACUAGGCAGCCAUCUUUGUGAACUGGCGGACGAGUGUUUGGAGGGGACGCACGCAUGUCACGUGAAUGCUAGUUGCCACAACACCGAAGCCAACUACACGUGCAGCUGCAAACCUGGCUUUACCGGUGCUGACUUGGAAUGCUCGGAUAUUGACGAGUGUAGAUCAGUGAACGUGACUUGUGAAAACCACAGCACAUGUAUCAACUCAGUUGGUAGCUACUCUUGCGAAUGCAACGCUGGGUUCAUCACAUCAAACUCAUCGUCUCCAACAGAUGAUGACGUCAUGUGCCUGGAUAACAACGAAUGCAUUACAAUCACCACGACCUGCGGUUUCAACAGCAAGUGUAUUAACUCCAUUGGCAGCUACUUCUGCGCGUGCUAUGCUGGUUUUGUCGCCUCAAUGCCAUCGACUGAACUAGGAGAACAAGACUGUGUCAAUGUUAACGAAUGCCUUUCCCAGCCCUGUAACCACGGUUAUAAAUGCUUGGACACAAUCGGAUCCUUUUCGUGCGUAUGCAACGAUGAUACCCCGUUGAGCAAUGGAACGCACUGCUUUCGGCUACCUUCAAACACAGGACAUUCGGAUACAGCGACCGAAGCUCUAACCUCUUUGACCAUGAUUGCAAUGUAUGCGAGUCUAGGGGUUGUGUACAUCGCAGUGUGCAUACUCGGCGUGCUUCUGUGCAAGUCUCGUCGGGACAGGAAACUCACCCUUCUGAAAGCAUCCCUGACUUCAGGCCAUGAUAAACGAUCAAGUCAGGAGGACUACUCCAGGCACAUCGUCCAAGGCAACUGUGGGGCGAGUACCGGCGUGGCCGAGUUACCGGCUACAACAGAGCUUCCAAUGGGCCCGAUCUUCUCGUCAAACGAUUGCGAUGGUUGUGAUGCUGUGUAUGAGUGCCCGGAGGAGAUGGACAACAUGGUCGACAAUGACGCCUAUGGUGUUAGGGAGGGCUGAACAUGCCUACUCACUACUCUCCAGAUCAAGAGAAGAUCUGGCAGGUGACUUGCUAUACGCGUAGUUGACGUAGUGCUGUUCACCCUCCAUUUGAUGUGCCAUAUCCCAUCCAAUGAUAGUCCCGAAUCGUCAGUAAUUUGGAUAAAUUCCCAGAUAACCCUUUCAUAGAAUACCUGUGUAUACACUUUCAACGUACUGCCUUAUUACAAAAUAGGACGGGACGUUACAAAUCCAUAACCCAUGCACUUCAAAACGCUUCAUUUAAUAAUAUCACCUCCUUUGCCUCUUUCUGUUGCAGAUGCGUUGUACUGGUGCAUAAACCAAACCUGUUGUAUUUUUCCU